AUGGGUGUCGGCGACGCGACCGACGGCCCGCCGUCGCCGACGGACGGCGACGACAUCGGCGGCGUGAUGAACAUCAUCGACGGCGGCGGCAAGGGCGGGGGCGGGGGAAAGCGCGUCGGGGGCAGAUCCCCGGGGAUCGACGACGACGUCGCGCGACGCGCGACAGACGCGGUGCGCGCGCACGUGUGCCGCGUCCUCGGCGUAGACGUCGACGCCGAGGGCGACGCGCUCGUCCCGGACGACGGCGUCGGCUCGGACGUCACGCGCGUGGACUGGUCGCGCGUCGGCGCGGUCGCGGACCGGCUCACGAUCGUGGAGGCCAUAGAGGCCGAAGCCUCGGGAUCCGCGUCGUCGUCCGACGCGACCGCCGCGUCCCCGUCCCCGGCGGCGACGACGACGGCGCAGGAUUCAAAGGAGAACGCGUCCUCCUCCUCCUCCUCCGCCGCCGCCGCCGCCGCCGCCGCCCGCGCGUCGUCGUCGUCGUCGUCGUCGUCGUCGUCGUCCGGGCGCAUAGGCCCGCCGAGGGUGGAAGUCGACCGCGCGCACCUCGCAGGGGACGCGCGACUGGACGACUCCGGAUGUGUCGUGCUGUCGCACAGCAACUUCUCGUCCGUGCGCGCGACCUGCUGCGUCUUCGACGGCGCGUGGGAGUACGAGGUCACGAUAGGAACCUCCGGGAUCAUGCAGCUCGGGUGGGCGACGUUCCGGUGCCCGUUCACGCACGAGCACGGCGUCGGGGACGCGCAAGACUCGUACGCGUACGACGGACACCGCGUGAAAAAGUGGAACGUCACGUCGCAACCCUACGGCCACGCGUGGGUCUCCGGGGACGUCAUAAGCGUGCGAAUCGACCUUCGAAGAGGUCAACAGAAAGGCGGCGGCUCGGUGUCGUACAGCAGGAACGGCAUCGACCUCGGGACGGCGUUCGACGACGUCCGACGCUUCGCCCCCGGUCUCGCGUACUUCCCCGCCGUGAGCCUGAGCGUCGGCGAGCGGUGCGCGUUGAACUUUGGGGACGCGCCGCUGCGGUACCCGACGCCCGGGUUCAGACCGCUGCAGGACGCGCCGUCCGUCGCGGUCGUCGCCGCCGUGACGCGAGGGUUGGGGGCGUUCGAGAGGGCGGUCGCGUCGUCGUGGCCGCGCGAGGCGGCGGCGGCGGCGGCGGCGGCGGCGGCGGGCGGCGCGGGGAAAUCGAAAUCGAAAUCGUCGUCGACGGCGUCGGACGCGACGGACCGCUCCGCGGUCGUCGCGGAAGAGGUGCUCCUCGCCGCCGCGUCCCUGCGCCGCGCGGGCCCGCACCUCGCGUCGCCGAGAACGCGGAAGUACUUCGUGCAGGGGUACCUCCUCCCCGCGCUGCUUCGCGCGGCGUCCGCGGUGGACGGCCGAGCCGGGGAGACGCCGAGAGUCGAGUCGCACGCGCGAGGGAUCCGCCUCCUUCGCGCCGCGCUCGACCCGGACGAGCUCGAGGUCGUGAUCCCGGAGCUCAUGCGAUGCGCCGCGGAGGCGACGCGGACCGCGCCGAUGACCGCGCAGGGGAAGCUCGCGAUGGAGCUCCCGCGGUUGGCGUCGCACGCGCCGCUCGCCUUUGCCGUCGCGUUGACGCGCGACGCGGAGGCGAUGACGACGUGGUUGAGACGCCCGGGGUGGGGCGCGCACGUGGAAGGUCUGCUCACGCGGCGCGUCCCGAACCCGCACGACCUCGCGGUGAUGCUCCCCGCGGAGAAGGUGUGGUGGCCCGGCUGCGCGCGGACGGAGCCGAGGCACGCGGCGCGGUGGCAUCAGGACCCGCGCGCGCGGUACCCGGGGUGCGCGUCCGCGGAGUCGGAGAGCGAGGCGAUCGGCGACGCGCUGAGCGAGGCGACGCGGCGCACGAACGCGCUCGUGUCGCUGCUUCUUUACGCGCUCGCGACGACGCCCGCGCGCGCGAUUGACCCGGACGCGCGGAGGGAAGGCGAAGGCGGCCGCCCGGCGCCGACGGCGGCGGCGCCGGGGUUAUCCGCGGAGGACGUGCCCGCGGACGCGAACGCGGCGACGUUCGUGCUCGCGCGACGCGCCGCGGAGGUGGACGCGGGAGCGAUCGCGGGGGACCCGGAGACGGAGCGACGUCUGCGGACGCACGGGAACGGCGCGGCGAGCUUCGUGGCGACGACGUGGUGCCACGGCGGGAGCGGCGCGGGAGACGCCGCCGCCGCCGCGGACGACGACGACGACGACGACGACGACGCGAACGAGGGCGACUGCGUCUUCGCCGUCUUCGUUCGGUUUCUCGCGCAUAAAAACCGACCGACCGCGCGGUCGUACAACACGACGACGACGCCGCCCGGGCACUCGGACCCGACGGUGCUGUCUUCCGCGUACUUCGCGCUGCUCACGCUCCUGCACCCGCACUUGGAGUCCCCGGAGGGCACGGCGCUCGGGUCGAUUCCGCCGCGAUUGUUUUGGCGGUCGUUCGCGCACGAGAUGGACCUCCCGCUGUUCGGCGGCGGCAGCGCGCACGUCCGGAAGACGUACCCCGCGGAGAGCGAUACGCGCGCGCCGGCGUCGAGACCGUUGACGAUCGACCCGAGGGCGCUGCGGACGGUCGACGCGCCGCGCGCGGCGUUGUUGAACGACCCGGCGGCCGCGUUGCGAAGCGUCGGCGGCGUCGGCGGCGAGCGCGGGUACCCCGCGGACCCGGAAGACGCGGCGAAGACGCUCCCGCUGGCGACGAUGUGGGACGCGCUGCAGCUCAUAUAUCACCUCGGCGUGAGCUAUCACUUCAAGGCGGCGUCGUAUCAGCUCCAGGCGCAGAUCCACUCGGCGCAGCAGCUCGAAGACGCGAGCCGGGAUUUGGAAAACACGGAGAAAAACGUGGACAGACGCGCGGCGCUGAAAGCGCGCGCAGAGGUGCUCGAAGAGCGCCUAAAAGCCGCGCGCGUGCUCCAGGCGGAAGGACGAGAAGACGUCGUGUGGGAGCACACCGAGGAGGAGCUCAGCGUCGCGAGGGACGACGAAACGGCGUACACGAAGGCGGAGAGCGAGAUUAUGAAAAAGCUUCGAGACGCGAGGACGAAACUCAGGGACGAGACAAUGCAAGCCGCGCGUCUGUGCUGGUGGCACCGGUCCGGGUUACACCGCCCGGAGCUGCAGGCGGGGGUGUUCGCCGCCGCGGCGUACGGCGCCGCGUCGCUCCUCGCGGCGAUGGACCGCGGCGGCGGCGGCGGCGACGACGCCGCCGCCGGCAGGAAGAGCCGCGUCAAGCGCGAAAACGUCGACGGCGAAGAGGUCGAGCUCGACGUCUCCGAGCUCGACGUCUCCGAGACCGAGAGCGACGACGACGACGACGACGACGACGACGACGAGAUGGACGCCGCCUCGAAGGAGGCGAAGCGCGCGAGGGUCUUGCGUCGCCGCCGCGGCUGUCUCCUUCCGCACGUUCCCGCCUACCACCUCGAGACGCUCAUCGACUCGUUCCACGCCCUGCGGCGAGGCGACCCGCCGUUCUCGCCGACGUCGCCCGCGCUCGACGGCCUCGCGCCCGGGAUGCACGGCAUCAUCAGACUGCUCGUGAAACACUUCGCGGACACGAGGGUGGUGAACCCGGACAUACGAGACGCGAUGCUGCAAUCCGUGAGCGUCUUGCUUCAGUACAAAGAGUUCGUCGCCGUGUUUGAACAAAACGACGCCGCGCGGGAUAUGAUGGUGCCGUCGUUGCUCGCGUGCUUCGACGCGCGGUUCUGGAUCCCGGUCUCGAACAUUCUGCUGAGGCUGUGCAAGGGUGUCGGGUUCGGGCAAGAAGGGGGCGGGCGAGACGCGAUCGGCGACGACGACGACAUCGGGACGUUCGUCGCGGUCAACGCGGCGGUGGACGCGCCGGCGGAGGGCGACGCCGCGCUCGCGCGCGUCAUGACGUCCCCUCACCCCGACAGCGCGAGCCCGCUGUUCCAGCGGCUCCUCAUCCUCCACUGUCGCGCGGACAGAGAGCUCCUCGCGGAGUUCCUCGACCGGCUGUUCAACACCCUGAACUGGACGAUCACGGAGUUUAGCGUCGCGUGCAAAGAGUUGCUCGAGGAUCAGCGCUCGAACCUUCUCACCCCGGAGGGAAGGCAGCACCAGCGAAAGUGCACGGUCAUGUUCGAGCUGUCCGUGACCCUGGAGCGCGUCUUGGAGUUCAUAUCGCUGGACCUCCCGAGCGCGUUCUUAGACUCGUCCUCGCUCGACUUGCGGCGGCUUCGCGAGAGCUUGCUGUUCGUCUUGGGGCACGCGACGACGGGCCCGGACGCGGCGAACUUUGAGGAAAUCUUGACGAAGAACCUCGCGCCGCCGGACAAGGUCUCGCGAGCGGCGAUCUUAGCCCCGAUCGCGGGGAUCCUCCUCAACCUCGACGCCGCGGCGGAGAAGCGCGCGGCGAGCGCGUCGCAGGGCGCGUCGUGCGAGCCGAGGUCGGGGUACAAGUCCUCCAUCGUGACCGAGCUCGCGCGGAACAUUCACUCGCGGGACGUCUCGCAGCUGGAGUACCUGCGCGACUUCGAGUGGCCGUCCUCGUUCGAGACGCCGACGAGCAAACUCGCCGCGCUGCGCGCGUUCGUGGAGAAGGUGCGCGAGGGCAAGGACGAGGUCGCUCGAGUGCACGAGAUCGAAGACGCCGCGCAGGUCCCGGAAGAGUUCGUGGAUCCGAUCAUGCAGACGACGAUGACGGAUCCGGUGACGCUGCCGGGCAGCGGCGUCGUCGUGGACAGAGAGACGAUCAAGAGACACCUCCUGUGCGACGGUUCGGAUCCGUUCAGUCGGUCGCCGUUGGACGAGAGCAUGCUCGUGGACGCGGUUGAGUUGCGAGAGAGGAUCGAGAAGUGGAGGGAAGAGACGCACACGCCGAUGAAGGAGAAGGCGGAGGCGGAGGAGGAGGCUGAUGGCACGUUUGAUUAA